AUGGACCCGACCGUAGAGAACACUUCCAUCGAUGAACAUGCUGUGGCAACAGCAACAGCAACAACAACACCAACUAGCCCUUCGUCAGCCACACCUAGUCGUACUAACAAAACCAAACGGAACUACAGAACCAAGAAGCAUGACACCAGCAGCGACAAUGAACACGACGCUGACGAGGUCAUGAAGGACGACACCCAGAUGGAAUCAACUUACCAACCACAACAGCCGGCAGCCAGCAGCAGCAGCAACCUUCCUUAUGUUCAGUCGCAGAACGCACAAAACAUCGGUGAGGUCUAUCCAGGCCUUGCCAGACUCAGCUUCCUCGAUCAGGAUUCAGGGGUAGAAGGAGGCGAGACGGAGCAGGAAGGAAUGCUGGGAACCACGAGACCUCGUCGACCCCUUCAACAGAAAUCACUGCCAUCCCAACAACAACCACCAUCGACCAGCGCUGAGGAAGGAGAGCAGACAAUCGCCUCACAACCAUUAGUGGAGACUCUCGCAGCACCCCCUUUAACAUCCCCCUCGGCCACGUCAUCAGGUAUCGGCUCAGAAUCAAGUCUGGUAGAGAUCAAGGACACAGCUUUGGAGAACAAGGGUAGAGGACUCUUCUCGGCAGCCAAGGAUGUCUUGAAAGCCGGAACGCUUGUCUUCAAGGAGAUGGGAUACUGUCAGGUCGUCAAUGAUGCCUCGCUGCCUUCAGUUUGUUCGGCUUGUUUCAAGGAUACACGGGAGGAACAGGGUGAGGACGAGAAGAGUUCUUCGGCUGGAGGUGUUUCGGCCAGUAACCAACGGAAACUUGUCCGAUGUGCUGGGUGUAAAGUCGUCUGGUAUUGCAAUAAGACGUGCCAAAUCAAGGACUGGAAGCUCCAUCAUCAACUAGAGUGUCAGGGAAUCCAGCAGUCGAUGAAGAACGCGGUGAUGAAGGAUGUCUGGACGAAGCGCUCGAUGGACACCACCACCGUUCGCGCCCUGUGCCGAUUGGUUCGUCGUCGAGAGCGUGUGAGGACAUCAGCCGCCUACAAGGCCGAGCACAAAAAGAUGGAUGCAGCUCAGAAGCAGGUCAACGAGGUGUAUUAUUCAGGGCUGGAUCAGAAGGAAGAGGAGUGGCUAGACGAGCAUGGAGCGACGUGGAUCGAUCAGUACCUCAGAGCACCAGCAAGUAACCAGGACCUUUCUUCCAAGAGCACCCUGGAUGAAUCGGCCCAGUUCACCAAGGUCAUGGCUGUAGUGAUGUCCUGUGUUGUCAUGGCGAAGGAGGAUCGUGCGGCAUUCAUGCGAGGAUCCGGAGAGCCCGAGGGGGAAGGCAAAGGUACGAGUGGAACAAGGGGCUUUGAUCUUCUCCGGAAACUGUUGUCCUAUGGCUUUUCGGUGACCAAUCUGGAAACUACCACGGCGGUUGGGCUGGCGCUUUAUGUUCAGAGCAUGCCGUUCAUGAACCAUUCGUGCCUUCCCAACUGCGUCUAUACUUUCAAGGGGUCGAGGGUCGAGUGCCGGGUGAUCCGGGACAUUCAGCCAGGAGAAGAGUUGACAAUCAGCUACAUUGACCAGAUCGGCACAACUCAGGAACGCCAAAAGCAGCUCAAGGAACAAUACCACUUCACAUGCAUCUGUCCACUGUGCCAGUACUUCCCCGCCAACCCACUUAUUCAACCUAAUCAAGACGCGUUACUGGCCAUCAUCCCCGACCCAACAUUUACUCCGCUGCUCGAUCCAAAACAAGGCUUUGUCUGUCCCAACACUGCCUGUGCGACUCGGUCAGACAUCUGCUCCAUCGUCGCAAUAGAGUCACAGCUCGCCAUUUACAACAAGGUCGAGUGGAAGUGCGAGACUUGCGGACACGUUGCCGAGCUCACACAGGAGAUUGUCCAGGAGAACCAGGAGGAGGCAGAGAGGAUCAUUGCUCGGUUUGUCCGGGAGAUGAAUGAUGCAUCGGAUCAUCAACUCAAGUCAGGCUCCAGGAACUUUGAGCUCGCCAAGGUCAAGUUGCCGGAAACGACGGACGAAAAGGCGGCUGAGGAGGCAAGAAAGGCUGCUGCUGCUAUGGGCGGCAUGAAUUCCGUGCACGAACCCUCAACAGCAGCAUUACAGUACUUUGACGAGGCCUACCGGUCACUAACGGGUGUCGCACCUCCUCAUACAAGGAUAAAGCCUCGUCGGUUACCAGGAUCGCCCUUGGAUAUCAAGGAAGACCCUGUUCACCGCAGUGCGCUUCAUCGUCUCGUCCGCCAACUAGAGCAGGCAGGAUUCGACGAGGGCGUGAGCCACAAGAACUGGGUGUUUGCUCUCCAUCGGUCACUAGGGCUGGAGUGGAUACUAAACAACACCUACAUAGGCCACCACCCAUUGAAGGCGGUUCAAGGAUACUACACAUGCAAGAUUGUGAAUCUGCUGGCUAAUCUGCUGCUGGAGGAAUCAACGAUUGAGAUCGAGGAGAGCGACCAUGAGCAGAAUAGUGACGAGGACGAGGAGAUGUCAGGCAAUAGCGAUGACGAGCGGGAUCUCAAGGCUUUGCGGGAUGUUAUGGGUGGAGGCGCCAGCAAAGGAUCGAAGGGACACCGUACUGGGUCGAUGCAGGAGCAACUUUUGAAGCGGAAACAAAAAGGAUCAGCAAACCCUGAGGAUGGUACCAAGGGCAAGACGGCGACAAAGAAUACUCCAAUCAAGCGGAUACAGACAGAGUCGUCCCGACAGUUGCUGAUGUACCUCAAGUCGCUUAUCCCCAAGAUCGAGGACCCGGCGUUGUUGCAGCAGUUUAGGGUGUGCUGGGGUAAAGAUGGCAAGCUGGCGAACCGGUACCGCUACCAAGUGGAUUCGCUCAAGCAGGCGCUCCAUUAUGCUGAGCUGCCCUUCCAAGAGACCAAGCCUUGA